AUGACAGAUGAUAUUGCAGACAUGGCCCCUGGCACAACCAAAGCAAGCCACAACAUGAAAAGUACCAGCUCUGAGAUCUCAGUCCACUUAGAGAAUGUGAUAUCCACUUCUCCAGAUUGCAAGGUCUCAGACAACGGCUGGGAGAACAAAUCACCACAAAAUCCACGCAACUGGCCCCGUUGGAAGAAGAAUGCGCAGAUUCUGUUGGUCGCGUUUCAUUCAAUGAUGGGGACCUUCAUGGAAGCUGGUAUCAUCCCCGCUUAUGAUGCCUUCGCGGAGAAAUAUAAUGUCACAGUCCCAGAUGCCAGUUAUUUGACCUCAUCCCAGGUAUAUCCUCAUUUUCGGCAUACCCCCCUGAUAUGGAGCCCCGUCACCGCUAUCUGUGGCCGAUACCAUGUCACGCUCCUCUCAGUUCUGGGAAGCAUGGUUUGCAACAUUGCCGGCGCGAGGUGUACUUCUUAUGGUGGACAAAUGGCUACCAGAGUUCUCACAGCCUUUCUGAUCUCACCACCCAUUGGAAAUGGGAGCGGUGGAGUAACAGAGUUAUCUGAACCUGAACAUCGAGGGAAAAAAAUGGGGUGGUGGACCCUGAUGGCCACCAUUGGCACUCCAGCAGGCCCAUUCUUUAUGGGAUUCGUGGUCAAGCAUAUUGGUGUUCAGUGGAUCUUCUGGAUCUUUGCUAUCCUCAACUUUUGCCAAUGUGUGUUUUAUCUUGCAAUUGGCGAUGAGACCAUCUAUAAUCCCGACAACGAGCGCAAAGAAACUGGAUUCUGGGAUAAGCUGAUCCCACGGAAGAUCAGCUCUCAUUCUCUCAAACUUCGGGAUUUUGUUACACCGUUUUCUCUGGCAAAGUAUCCACGUAUCCUGAUUAUAGCAUGCGCUCAUGCUAUCACCUUCUGCUAUGGGAACAUUGCCGUGAUUGUUGAGAUGCCUCUCGCGUUUGGCCAAAAGUUUCAUUUCGAUGCUCAACGAAUUGGACUCCAAUUCAUUGCUAUUAUCAUCGGUUGUGUGCUAGGUGAACAGGUCAGUGGACCUAUGAGCGAUUGGUUCUUAGAGCGCAUUCGCAAAUCUAGUGGCAAGUCGUCCCCGGCUGAUCGUCUUUGGUUGUCGUAUAUUGCCUUUGCCACAAUCUUUGCCGGUAUCUUUGUCAACCUAUGCCGACAGAUUUAUGGAUUUGCUGGACCUUUUUACUUCCCGGAUAUGUUCGCUGCCUUGGGCUUUGGUGGAGCCGCCGGUGUGAUGGUUGCGAUUAUUGGGGGAUGUGCCUUGUUGCCAAUCAUUGCAGUCCAAUUCGUUUCGACUUGUGCGGAGAAGCGCCAGUAG